UCAUUAGCCGAGCCGAGCCAGACCUGGUACAUAGAGUCUUGACAAUAGAUUUAAGCCCAGCCUAAACAUCUAAUUCUAAUCGCUCUCCGCUCUCUCCACUUUGAAUCCGGUCCGGUUCAGAUAAGCCGAGUCAGUGAAUUAAAAGGUCUAAGUUGUCUAUAACUAAACUUUCUCAUUCUCUUUCUCGUCUGUCAAAGUCGUCAGUCUUCUCUCUAAUGGAGACGGGUUUUUCCUCACGUUAGCUUUCGAAGACUUAGCUCAAUCUCUAUUUGAAUCAAAACCUUCAAGUUUUUAAACGCCUGCGUUUAACGAGAUCUAGAUUCAGAAUGGAAGAAGAUAAAGGAGCGCUGGUGCAGAGCUUGAUCGAUGCGGUGAACCAAAUAGCUUCAAUCGGCGACUACAGAUGCCCGGUGAAGAAGGAGUAUUGCAAUCUUGCUAGGAGACUCAAGCUGUUGACGCCAAUGUUUGAGGAGAUUAGAGAAAGCAAAGAGCAAAUCCCUGAAGAAACUGUUAAAGCUUUGGUCUCCUUGAAAGAAUCUUUGGUUUCGGCUAAGGAGUUGCUCAGAUUCGGCAGUGAAGGCAGUAAGAUUUACCUGGUUCUAGAGAGGGAGCAGAUUAUGCAUAAAUUUCGUGAAGUGACAGCUCAAUUGGAACAAGCUUUGAGUGGAAUUUCCUAUGAGAAUCUUGAAAUAUCAGAUGAAGUAAAGGAACAGAUGGAGCUUGUUCUAGCUCAGUUCAGGAGAGCUAAAGGAAGGGUUGAUGCACCUGAUGUUGAGCUGUACGAAGAUCUAUUAUCGCUCUACAACAAGAGCAAUGAUGCAGCAGCAGAUCCAGAAGUGCUAAGGAGAUUGGCUGAGAAGUUACAAUUGGUUGGGAUAGCUGAACUUACACAAGAAUCACUAGCUCUACAUGAGAUGGUUUCUGCCAGUGGUGGAGAUCCUGGGGAAACAUUUGAGAAGAUGUCAAACUUAUUAAAGAAAAUCAAGGAUUUUGUGCAGACAGAAAAUCCUAACUUGCAGGCUCCUGCAAGGGAAAAGUAUCUUCCUCCUAGUAGUAGUGGGCAAGCAACCACUGAUGGAAAUCGCAAGACUCCUGUUAUACCAGAUGAUUUCCGCUGUCCAAUAUCCCUGGAGUUGAUGAAGGAUCCUGUCAUUGUUUCAACAGGGCAGACUUAUGAACGUUGUUGCAUCGAGAAAUGGCUGGAGCAAGGGCAUGGAACAUGUCCAAAAACACGACAGACCCUUAGUAGCCCUGCCCUUACGCCCAAUUAUGUAUUGCGUAGUCUAAUAGCUCAAUGGUGUGAGGCAAAUGGCAUUGAACCACCCAAAAGACCCAGUAAAACCACAUCUGCCUUCUCACCCACCGAACAUACAAAGAUUGAAAUUCUCCUCCGUAAACUUGCAUCUAGCAACCCUGAAGACCAAAGAACGGCUGCAGGCGAAAUCCGUCUUCUUGCCAAACGCAAUGCUGAUAAUCGUGUGGCCAUUGCUGAAGCUGGGGCCAUACCUCUCCUUAUGAGCCUCCUUUCAACACCUGACUCACGCACCCAAGAACAUGCUGUAACAGCACUUCUUAACCUUUCCAUUUGUGAAGAAAACAAAGGAAGUAUCAUAUCAUCUGGAGCAGUUCCUGGUAUAGUCCUGGUGCUUAAGAAGGGGAGCAUGGAAGCUAGAGAGAAUGCUGCAGCCACCCUUUUCAGCCUUUCAGUAGUGGAUGAAAAUAAGGUGACAAUUGGUGCCUUAGGAGCAAUCCCUCCACUGGUGACGCUGCUAAGUGAAGGCACACAAAGGGGCAAAAAGGAUGCAGCAACAGCACUCUUCAAUUUGUGCAUUUACCAAGGGAACAAAGGAAAAGCAGUGAGAGCUGGAGUUGUGCCCACGUUAAUGCGAUUGUUGACAGAACCUGGAGGUGGAAUGGUGGAUGAGGCAUUGGCCAUACUUGCUAUACUUGCUAGCCAUCCUGAAGGGAAGUCUGCCAUUGGAGCAGCAGAUGCAGUGCCAGUUUUGGUAGAUUUUAUUGGAAAUGGAUCCCCAAGGAACAGAGAGAAUGCAGCUGCAGUUUUGGUGCAACUUUGUGCUGGAGACCAACAACAUUUAGCAGCGGCCCAGGAGCUAGGCGUGAUGGGUCCUUUGGCGGACUUGGCACAAAAUGGUACAGAUAGGGGCAAGCGGAAGGCUACUCAAUUGCUUGAGCGCAUGAGUAGGUUUGUUGAGCAGCAAAAGCUGGCACAGGCGCAAGCUGAGGCCCCAAGCACAGCAGUUCCAGCCUCAGCCUAAGCCUCAAACUCAGCUGCCGCGGCCACCCUCUGUGGCAGAUCCUGUUGAUAGCUGAGGUUCAUUUUGCCAACUGUUUUUGUUCGUUUUGUCACCUUGUUUCUUUUAACGUAUUAAAGGAGGCAGCUUUGCUACAAAAGAGGUGGAAGAUCACCUGUCCAACCUAUAAGUUAUUCAUUUGUUUGUAUGCAAGAAUAUUUUAUUUACAGACCCAUCAAACUCCCCCUCCCACCCACCCAAAAAAAAAAAAAGGGAAAGGAAAAGGCUGAUUUGUGCUUCACAUGUAUGCAAAUUUGUACCAUUAUAACAUAUGUACGAUUGUAAUCAUCCUCAGUUUUAAUUCGAGAGAGAUGUUUCUGUUUUCAAAUCAAA